AUGGAAGCGGAAGCAUGUGCAGAGCGUUUUCUAUGGUGCUUCGCCCGCUACCACUGGUGGCCCGACGCUAUAACGAGCGAUAGGGGCUCGAAUUGGGCAGGCCGCUUUUGGAGGCACAUGUGCAAGUUACUGGGGAUCGACCAGCAGCUAAGCACGGCGUACCACCCCCAAACCGACGGAGGCCCUGAGAGGAUGAACCAAGAAGUACAGGCAUACCUCCGCGCCGUGAUUAACCAGAACCAGAACGACUGGGAUAAGUGGGUUCCCGCGGCUCAGAUGGCGUUAAACGGUCGGGUCAAUACCUCUAUAGGGAUGUCCCCAUUCUUCGCUAUACACGGCUAUGAGCCGAAGUCACCAGUUCCCCUCGUUACGGAAGCAUAUGCGGAAGAGUAUCCUCAUUCGCCAGAAACCAGGGCAAAGAAAUUUGUUACCAAACUACAACAGAUUACGGACCUCUGCCAAGCAUCAAUGGCGACAGCUACGCAGCAACAAGAACGCUUCGCUAACAGACGACGGAACGCGGCAGAACGCUUCGAAGUAGGCGAUAAGGUUUGGCUUGACUUACGGAACUACGCGUCAGAGCGACCUAAGAAGAAGUUCGACUGGCUGCACGCUAAGUAUACGAUAAGCAAGGUACUCGACCCACACGGUUGA